GUGAGUUUGACCAAUCAGAGCUGAACUGACCAUUGCUUCCGGCCCGCCCUCUCGCCUGAGGCCGGGGGAGGACCCGGCGGUAGCUAUAGCCUAGGAGUUGAGGAGCAGCCGCUAGGAACCCGCCCCGCCGGGCGUGGGCCCAGCGCUGCAACCAUGCCCGCCUCUGUGCUGUGGGCGGUGGACCUCUUCGGGAGAGUGUACACCUUGUCCACGGCUGGCCAGUACUGGGAGCUUUGCAAGGAUGUCCAGAUGGAGUUCAAGCGGGUCAGUGCAGCCACCCAGUGCUGCUGGGGCAUCGCCUGUGACAACCAGGUCUACUUGUACGUGUGUUCCAGUGAUGUACCCAUCCGCCACCGAGAGGAGGCCUAUGAGAAUCAGCGUUGGAACCCCAUGGGAGGCUUCUGUGAGAAGCUCCUGCCGAGUGACCGCUGGUCGUGGAGUGACGUGAGUGGGCUCCAGCAUCGGCCGCUGGAUGGGGUAGAACUGCCCUCGCCACACUGGGAGUGGGAGUCGGACUGGUACGUGGAUGAGAACUUCGGAGGGGAGCCCACCGAGAAAGGGGGGUGGACAUACGCUAUGGACUUCCCUGCCACCUACACUAAAGACAAGAAAUGGAAUUCAUGCGUGCGGAGGCGAAAGUGGAUCCGGUAUAGGAGAUACAAAUCCCGGGACACCUGGGCCAAGAUCCCCUCAAAGGAUGACCCCAAGGAACUCCCCGACCCCUUCAAUGACCUGUCUGUGGGAGGGUGGGAGAUCACAGAGGAACCUGUGGGCCGCCUGUCUGUGUGGGCCGUGUCCCUGCAGGGAAAGGUGUGGUACCGAGAGGAUGUCAGCCACCCCAACCCAGAAGGCUCCUCCUGGUCUCUUGUAGACACCCCAGGGGAGGUGGUCCAGAUCAGCUGUGGGCCCCACGACCUUAUAUGGGCCACUCUCUGGGAAGGGCAGGCCCUGGUCAGAGAAGGAAUCUGCAGGAACAACCCAAAAGGAAGUUCCUGGUCCAUAGUGGAGCCUCCUGGGACUGAAAACGGUAUCAUGCACGUCUCCGCGGGAGUCAGUGUGGUCUGGGCCAUCACGAAGGACCGCAAAGUGUGGUUCCGGAGGGGCGUCAACUCUCACAACCCCUGUGGUACCAGCUGGAUCGAGAUGGUUGGAGAGAUGACAAUGGUGAACGUGGGGUUGAAUGACCAGGUCUGGGGGAUCAGCUGUGAGGACCGAGCUGUGUACUUCCGACAGGGCGUCACCCCCAGUGAGCUCAGCGGGAAGACAUGGAAGGCCAUCAUUGUGGGCCGAGAAAGCGACCGGUCACAUUCUGGCAGCUCAUCCAGUCUCCUCAGUGCCGGCUGCUUCUUCGGGGAUGAGGUGAGGGGCAGUGGUUCAGAAUCUGCACCCAGCGAUACCGAUGCCUCCUCGGAAGUCGAGAGACAGGGCCCCGAACAACCUUUCCCCAAAGAAUCUUUGGACAAUUCCAGGAACCUUAAAGGGAGCUUGUCCAAGGGCCCCGAGGCCAGCAGGAACCCUGAGCCGAGCAUGGAGAACGCCUGCCCGGCUGAAAGCGAAGGGAAGGCCCCUGAGGCUUCUAGGGCCGAUGAAUGCCAUGGCCCAGCCUGCACACCAGCCGAGCUGCCCUGGACCAACAUUGACCUCAAGGAGCCCAAGAGGGUGUCUAACCAGCCAGCUGCAGGCUUUCCUGAGACGACGGGCCUCUCCUCCCUGGGGCCCUUCCCACUGGGCAUGGAGGAGCCCUAUGGAGCAGAUGACCAUCCCCUGUGGGCCUGGGUGUCUGGAGGUGGAUGCGCAGUGGAGGCAGGCUCAGUGCUCAAGUGGUUCACUGUCCAGUCAGGCCUGUCCCCCUCAGUGCAGACGCUGUCCCUGUCCAUCACACCCGCCCAGACCGCUGCCUGGAGGAAGCAGAUCUUCCAGCAGCUCACGGAGAGGACCAAGAGGGAGCUGGAGAGCUUCAGACACUAUGAGCAGGCCGUGGAGCAGUCGGUGUGGGUGAAGACCGGGUCCCUGCAGUGGUGGUGUGACUGGAAGCCCCACAAAUGGUUGGACGUCCGUGUGGCCCUGGAGCAGUUCACAGGGCACGACGGGGCUCGAGACAGCAUUCUCUUCAUCUAUUACAUGGUCCACGAGGAAAAGAAGUACCUGCACGUGUUCCUGAAUGAGGUGACCGUGCUGGUCCCUGUGCUCAAUGAAGCCAAGCACUCCUUCGCCCUCUACACCCCCGAGAGAACGCGGCAGAGGUGGCCUGUGCGCCUGGCUGCUGCCACAGAGCAAGACAUGAACGACUGGCUCGCCCUGCUCAGCCUGUCCUGCUGUGAGAGCCGGAAGGUCCACGGACGCCCGUCCCCACAGGCCAUCUGGUCUGUCACCUGCAAGGGUGACAUCUUUGUGAGCGAACCCAGCCCAGACCUGGAAGCCCGUGAGCACCUGCUACCCUGUGACCAGAUGUUCUGGCGGCAGAUGGGAGGCCACCUGCGGAUUAUAGAGGCCAACAGCCGAGGUGUAGUGUGGGGCAUUGGCUAUGACCACACAGCGUGGGUAUACACAGGCGGCUAUGGCGGAGGUUGCUUCCAAGGCCUGGCCAGCAGCACCAGCAACAUUUACCCGCAGUCAGACGUGAAGAGUGUCUACAUCUAUGAGAACCAGCGUUGGAACCCUGUCACGGGCUAUACCAGCAGGGGUCUGCCCACCGACCGGUAUAUGUGGAGUGACGCCACGGGGCUGCAGGAGUGCACCAAGGCUAGCACGAAGCCGCCGUCCCUGCAGUGGACUUGGGUCUCUGACUGGUAUGUGGACUUCAGUGUCCCUGGUGGCACCGAUCAGGAAGGAUGGCAGUAUGCCAGCGACUUCCCUGCCUCUUACCAUGGCUACAAAACCAUGAAGGAUUUUGUCAGGAGAAGGUGCUGGGCCAGAAAAUGCAAGCUGGUGACCAGUGGGCCGUGGCUGGAGGUGGCCCCUAUUGCCCUGGGCGAUGUGUCCAUCAUCCCAGAGAGUGCGCGUGCGGAUGGGCGAGGACACAACAUUGCACUGUGGGCUGUCAGUGACAAGGGGGAUGUCCUGUGCCGCCUGGGCGUAUCCGAACUUAACCCCGCGGGUUCCUCCUGGCUACAUGUUGGCACUGACCAGCCCUUCGCCUCUGUCUCCAUCGGGGCCUGCUAUCAGGUGUGGGCCGUGGCUAGGGAUGGCUCUGCAUUCUACCGGGGCUCUGUGUCUCCCUCUCAGCCAGCUGGUGACUGCUGGUACCACAUCCCCUCUCCUCCCAAACAGAAGCUGACACAGGUGUCCGUGGGCCAGACAUCAGUGUAUGCCUUGGAUGAAAACGGGAACCUGUGGUACCGAGCAGGGAUCACCCCCAGCUAUCCGCAAGGCUCCAGUUGGGAACACGUGUCUAACAAUGUACGCAAAGUGUCUGUGGGGCCGCUGGACCAGGUCUGGGUGAUUGCCAACAAAGUCCAGGGGAGCCAUGGCCUGAGCAGGGGGACAGUGUGCCGUCGCAUGGGAGUCCAGCCUCGGGAACCCAAGGGGCAGGGCUGGGACUAUGGCAUUGGAGGAGGCUGGGACCACAUCUCGGUCCGGGCCAAUGCCACCAUGGUACCCAGGAACGUGUCCAGGGAACAGGAGGCCCAUGGGCAAGGUCCCGUUUACUGCUGAGGCCUCUCCUCACCCGGAGGCAAGGAUGGUUGGAGCCUGAAGGACAAGAACCGAGCCUUUCUUGUGUCGUAUGAGAGGGCAUCACCCAGGCCCACACACGUUCAGGGAGUCAGGCCCAAGUCGGCUAUUUCUGAAGCACUGACAGAACGCCCGGAGAUGUGAAACCGCGAGCACGCCCACGCGUGUUGCAGUCUGUGAAGGAUGCUGUGGGGGAGGAGUCGAGACGACUACUGCCUGCGCCCUCCGCCCUGCGCCCUGUGCCCUCCGCCCUGCGCCCUGCGCCCUCAGCCCUGCGCCCUCAGCCCUGGUCCCUCCGUGCUAGGCCUCCCAGCUUUCUAGGCCAGAAGCACGGAGCCCUCCAGAAAUUCUGGCCCUAGAGAGGCAGAUCUGAGGAGGGGCCUUCCUCAUCACCCCCAAGUCACCCCCAGGAGAAACAGCCGUGAGGCUCAGGUCUAUAAACUUCAGUCUGCGGUCAUCCCUUAGCAGAUUUUCCAAAUGGGGUUUUUGCUUCAAAAAUUAAGCAAAGGAGUUGGGCUUAGUGGCUGAUGCCUAAAUGCCUGGACUCAGGAGACUCAGGCAGGAAGAUUGUGAGUUUGAGACUGCCCAGGACUACAUAGCAAGACUGUCACAAGUAAACAAACAUCCAGAUAAGUAAAGCAGGCGUGGUGGCGCAUGCCUGUAAUCCCAGGACUCAAAAGGCCAGGAGCCUGGGCUACAUGAGACCCUGCCUCAGGAACCAGGUGGGUCCUGUCCUGGUUUGGGAUCCCUCCUGGGGUGCACUGUAAGGUAGUUUCCAUGUAGAGAAUCACCACCAUGAACCCCGGUUUAGCCCCUUUCAGAUGUGGGGGCAGGGCGGCCAGGCCUGGGUGAAGGCCUGUGCUUUGUGGAGGGGUGUGGCCGGAGCCUCAGCCUGUCCUGUGACCCAGGGCCGGGCAGAAGGCCCCUGCUGACCUGAGACAGGAGUUCCAGACUGCCCAGCAUGGCCUACCGCUGGCCCCGGCACGAGUGUGUGCUGGCAGGUGGUGUCUCGUGUUUCAGACGCUGCCCAGGAGGUGCCAGAGCCCCAUCUCUGUUCAUUUUGAGCCAGGACAGGCUGACCCCUAACCGGUUUACCCUGGAAUCCUCCGUGUGAUGUCAUGGUCAGGAAGGGUCACAUCCUACAUGAGGGGUGUCCCCAGAAGCUAAGAGGAAACUACACCAGGGCCCCAUCCCAAGGACACCUGAGGAAUCCCAUGUCCUCAGCACUUCCAGAGGUGGGAGCAGACACACCACUGUGCAGAGAGGUGUUCGAGGGGUCACUUCCCGUCUGCAUGCCAGAGUCAGGGUUCCCGUGUGUUCCUCAGCAGCUGUGACCUGCCACUCUGCCCGCUAGCCAGGGUGACACAUCCUUCGCUGCUCAGCACCAGCUGUUCCCCCCUCAGUGACACCAAAUCGUCUCAGCUCCUCAGAUGUUCUAUUUAAUAAAAAUUUAUACAACGGCA